AUGACCAGGAGUGCUGGGACAUCAGACCUAGUACCUCCUGAUCGUGAGCUCGAAAGGACCGUUAGAUACAUCCGGCGUCAACGAAGACAAAUGGAGAACGACCGAGAUUUCGCUCUUCACGAUGGUGUCGAGGGCAAUGCUAACUCAACCUUUGCACAGUACAACACGGCUAAGCACACUGAGCUUUUGGCUGGUAUUCGACUACCGGCCAUCGACAUGUCUAGUUUCGAGCUGAACCCGUCUACUAUUCAGAUGUUGGGCAAUAAUUCUUUCCGGGGUAGGCCGAACGAAGACCCGAACGCACAUCUAACUCGCUUUAAGAUGAUGUGUCGUUCUAUCAAGAGAGAUAACAGAGUGACAGAGAAUACACUUCGAUUGAUUGCUUUCCCCUGGACUCUCUUGGAUGCUGCUUUGGAAUGGUGUUACGAUCUGACACCCGAUUCCAUCCACACCUGGGAACAGCUGGAAGUGCACUUGGAAGAGGUACAAAGGAUAUUAGAAUCUUGCCCUCAUCACGGGCUUGACAAGAACUACUUUAUCAACACCUUCUUCCGAGGACUCAGAAUAGAUACCAAGACUUUGAUCCGAGCUUCGUGUGGUGGGAGCAUCCAGAACAAGUCAUUCGCUGAACUAGAAGAUCAUAUUGAGAUGAUGACCCAAGAAGAAGACGCCCCGAGCGAGUACUCUAGAGAUCCGCCAAGGGAAUGCAAUGAUCAGACCAUACAGAUGGUUCUUGAACAAUUGGCUGUCCUCAAUGCUAAGCUCGAAGAUUCCAACCGACCCUCUAGGACCAAGCAUUUGAUGCCAACACAAGAGGAGCUUGGUAUGUGCGCAUUGGAUGAGAGAGUCGAAGGUGUGAACUACGUGGCCAAUAACUCCUACCCGAACACGUACAUUCCAGGGUGGAAGAAUCAUCCCAAUCUCUCCUACAAGUCAAACAAUGUGGAGAAUCCCAUGCCGAACAACUUCAAAGCAUCCGACAACUCGAACCAGAGGAUUCCUCUCAGUUUUGCUUUUCAAUCCAGGGGUCCUAAUCAAACGUCCAACUACAGAGCUCCGGGGCAAUCCUAUAUUAAUUCCACACCUCCAGGUAAUCCUGAAUCCAACCCUGAUAUGCACACUUUGCUUAUACAGUUUAUACAGAAUCAGAAAAAGACAAAUCAGGAAUUUCGAGCUCAGUUCGCAAGCAUCGAUGCUCACUUCAAGAUCAUAGACAACCAUAUCGCUCAGCUAGCAUCAGCCUCUCAAAGACCAUCCGGAUCUCUUCCAGGUAAACCUGAGACUAACCCCCGUGAGCAUGUCAAUGCGAUUACUUUGAGAAGUGGUAAGCAGGUAGACGUUGAAGACCGACCGAUGGUUGAGCGAGGAAAAAGCUCGAAGACUGUAGUUGUAGACAUCACCGAUGAUGAACCUGAACUGGCUUACGUGCCUCCUCCUCCUAGGCCACCACCAGUACCAUUUCCAUCUCACUUGAGGAAGCAUAACGAAGACAACCAAUUUGUCGAAUGA